AUGGCCGCGGCGCGGCGGCAGGCGGCGGUGCUGGUGCUGUUGCUGGCGUUGGCGAUGGGCGCGGGGUGGGCGCCGGGCGCGGGACCCCGGGGAUGCGCCGCGCAGGGGGAGGCGGUGGUGGUGGCCAGCUACGGGGAGGGCCGCCUCUCGCUCAAGCCUUACGACUGGACCUACCUGCGCGUUGAGUUCCCGCCGUCGUUCUCUUCUGUCACCAUGGAUUUCGCUGCUGACAUAGACCUUCACAGGGAGCACCUGAAAGGCAUUCCAAGAAGCGAGCUUGCUAUUAUCUGUUUGAUGAAUUCCAACCCUCCUAUUCCUGAUAUAUCUGAUUCUUAUCUGGACAAUUUAUUAUCAAACUCUCUCCCAGCUGGACCUUUUGGAAACAGCAAUAUAAUUAAUCAGCCAAAUCUGGUGCAAUGCUUACCAUUUCAGAAAAACACAACGGUAGUGCUAACAAAUGACCAGAUAUCUCCUGGGGUAUGGUACAUUGGGUACUUUCAUGGCCUUGGUCCUGCUCGCACGCAAUCAAAGAUGAUUAGCCGGGGAAAAGCACGCGUGAUGAGCACUCGCAUUACUGUAAGAGGAUGCCCCACUUCAGCAUUUUGGGGACCAUACUGCAACCAGACAGUUGACAUGAUUGGUUGUUCUCAACCUUCAAUAGAUAAUAACUCAAGAAAUCUUCUAGAUCUGAAUGUUGAGAGGAGGAACAGUUUGUAUACUAGAGAGCACAAUAGGCGUAUUAAUAUCUUAUCACAGCCGAACCAUUUAAUAGAACAAGAAGUUGCAUCUAACGUCACGGCCUUGGUGAGAAUGGAAAACUCAAUCAGUUGUUCCAUUUCUAAUGACUCAUUAUGCAUCAGACAAGGCGACAUGAAGUUCUACUUCUUGGAUGUAGUCAACCUAGCAUUGCAGUUUGAAAUUACAGCUACAAAUUUUGGAGCUCUAGGGCCAUCCUUGAUUUGCUACCUGCGGUAUAAUGCCUUUCCUCAAAGAGAUCUGCAUGACUAUUCAGGUGAUAUCAGCCAUGAUCCCUUGGUUGUGAAGUCACCAAAUAUUGGGCGUUGGUAUAUUGCAAUUGAGUCUGUCAACAAAACACAGAUGAAUGUUACAGCAUCACCACCUGUUGUAGACACAACAUGUUUCUCAUUGAAGUGGCAAUUAACUGGAUGCUUGAAUGGAAAAACUGGAACCAAUUGCUCUUGGGAGGCAUAUGGGCUCCAGAGGGUUCCUAAGGGAAGUCCUUCUGUCCCUUUUGAGUCAUAUUAUGUUCCUACUGAUGAAAGAGCAUCACUGGAAGAUAGCCACUUCUACUUGGAACAAUUUUUAAGCAACUCGUCCCAUGAGCAGUUUGCAUGGACAUAUUUCUUUUUGGAUAUUCCUCAAGGUUCAGCAGGUGCACUUAUCCAUGUCCAGCUGAAGUCAGAUAAAGAAUUGAACUACGAGUUGUACUCGAAAUAUGGUGGCUUACCAUCUAAUGAUACUUGGGAUUAUUAUGCCAGUAGGACAAGCAGCAGUAAUGGUUCAGUAUUUUUUUCAUUACAGAAUUCCACGAAUUCUGACAUGGAUCUAUCAAUUUUUUAUGCUAAAGAGGGAACUUGGUGCUUUGGGGUGAAGCAUCCAAGUGAUACAGCAAAUUAUCAGACAUACAUGUCUGUAUCUCUUCAGGGAUGCCAUAGAAACUGCAAUCAGAAAGGUGUAUGCCAUUCCUCAGUUGAUGAAAGUGGGCUGACUUUCUACAGCUUCUGCACAUGUGAUCGUGAUCAUGGUGGGUUUGAUUGCAGCGAUGAGCUAGUUUCCCCUAAUGGGCAUAUUUGGCAGUCUGUUUUUCUAAUCGCAUCAAAUGCUGCAGCUAUUUUACCUGCCUUCUGGGCCCUCCGACAAAAGGCAUUUGCAGAAUGGAUUCUUUACACAUCUAGUGGAAUUUCCAGUGCAUUAUACCAUUCAUGUGAUGUUGGCACCUGGUGCAUUCUAUCUUUUCGUGUAUUGCAGUUGGCCAAACUUCAGAACUUUGUUCCAGAAUAUUCUGGAGAUGUUGAACAAAUGCUUCCGUUGGAUAUUUUUACUUUUGGGUUUCAUGACAUUGUCUUUUGCGGCUAUCAGCUGGAAGCUGGAAUCGAAUAG